CACUAAUUGACAGUCAUAAAAAAAUCGUUCUUGUCUAUGAGCAAAUACGGAGCGGUGUGGUGAAGUAAAACUUUGUUUAUUUAUUUGUUGAAGUUGAACAAAAAAUCGCUUCUAUAAAUCACGCGUACAUUAUUGUUUUGUGUUCAUGAUGAAAUAAAAUCAAAACAAGAUGUCUAAUCAAGUCGGCGCGUUUGUUGCGGGACUGAAGUCCCGGAACGUGGAUGUUCAAAUAAGGACGUCCCGGGAGCUUUAUCACUUUGCGAAGACCGAGUUGAGAGAGGUCCCGCAAGAGGAGCUCACCCAGUUCCUCGAUGAGUUUAAUCAUCAAAUAUUCGAGAUGGUAUCCAGCAACGACGUUCACGAAAAGAAAGGAGGUGUAUUAGCUAUAGUAUGCCUUAUCGGAGGAGACUGUGACACGACCAAAACAAGAAUUACACGUUUCGCGAACUAUCUUCGUAAUCUACUACCAUCAUCCGAUGUUGGUGUUAUGGAACUUGCUGCGAAAACUGUCGGAAGAUUAGCUACAGUGUCAGGGGUCAAACGAGCAGAAUACGUCGAGUUUGAAGUCAAAAGAGCUUUUGAAUGGUUGUCUGAAGAGCGGAACGAAGGAAGACGCCACUCUGCAGUGUUGUUACUUAAAGAACUAGCCAUAGCUAUGCCUACAUAUUUCUAUCAACAAGUAUCAGGGUUCUUUGAUCAUAUCCUGGUAGCAUUGAAAGAUCCAAAGCCUCAGAUUCGAGAGGCAGCUGCUAAAGCUCUUAGAGCAGGCUUAGUAGUAACUGCGCAAAGGGAAACUGCCAAACAAUCAACUGCUAAGCCUCAAUGGUACAUGCAAUGCUAUGAAGAAGCUAUGUUGUCUUUUGAAGAUGUCCCCAUGAAAGAGAAGGGAAUGUCAAAAGAGGACAGAGUCCAUGGAGGUCUAUUAAUUUUGAAUGAGCUGCUAAGAUGUUCUAAUGCUGAGUGGGAAAAGAAAUACACAUACCUAAUGCAAAGUUUAGACAUUCAGAAAGGUGUGACAGUGUCUGAUGACAUUAUAUUCAUCAGCACAAAACUGCACAGCCCAUCAGUAAAGAGAGGGUACCUGUGUGAUGGAUUUAAAACAGAAAAUGUUACAUACCCAGUUCCUAUUUAUGAAUCUGAAGUGUGCAGAAAGUUACUGACUGAAAAAUUUGAAAGAUUUUGUAAAGAUGUAAUGAGUCAGCGUAUACUGAAAACACAAGGAGUACCACAAAUUCUCCUCGUCAUUAUUCCAAGACUAGCUGCCUUCAACAAAGAGUUUUUCUUAAAGAAAUAUCUGACUUCUACUAUGAAUUACUUGCUUGCAUGUCUGCGGAGUCGUGAGAAAGACAGGAAUAUGGCUUUUACUACAUUAGGUCUCAUGUCUGCAGCUAUUGAAAAUGACAUAAAAAUCUAUAUUCCUAGUAUAAUGGAUAUGAUUAAACAGACACUGCCUAUAAGGGAUACACAAACUAAGAAGCGAGUGUGGGUAGAUCCCUCAAUAUUUGCCUGCAUUACUUUACUUGGGAGUGCUGUAAAAGAUCUAGUCAUUAAUGACAUAAAGGAAAUUUUGGAGGCCAUGUUUGCAACAGGAUUAAGCCCAUCACUGACUAUCUGCUUAAGGGAAUUGAGUCAUAACUUGCCUUCAUUAAGAACAGAAAUAUCAGAAGGAUUGCUAAACAUGCUUUCUCUUGUAUUGAGAAAUAAACCUUUUUUACAUCCAGGUGUUCCAAUAAGUUUAGAACAACAGAUGAGCAAUAUGAGUUUAGUUAUGGAACCACAAGACACUGCUAGCAUUGUGCUAGCUCUGAGGACUCUUGGCUCCUUUAAUUUUGAGAGUCAGCACAGUUUACUCACUUUUGUUAGACGCUGUGCUGAUCAUUUCUUACAAAGUGACCAGCAGGAAGUCAGGUUAGAAGCUGUAAAAACCGCGGCGAAGUUAUUGGCCGACGCAACUGUACGAACUAUGAAAACACCGUCUAGGACUUUAACUCUUCUCACUGCUGAAGUGAUUGGUAAAUUACUGGUUGUGACAGUGACAGAUCCAGAUUAUGAAGUUCGUUACUGGGUAUUAGAAUCUUUAUAUAACAUUUUUGACACACAUUUAGCCCAGAUCGAGAAUUUGAGCUUCCUUUUCAUGGCAAUGAAUGAUGAACACUUGGCCAUCAGAGAAUUAGCUAUUUGCACUGUGGGUCGAUUGAGUGUGGUCAAUCCAGCAUAUGUGAUGCCUGGUCUGAGGAAAACCUUAAUACAAUUUUUGACAGAAUUAGAGCAUUCUGGAAUGAGUAGAAACAAAGAACAAGCAGCUAGAAUGUUAGAUAACCUCAUACUUCAUGCACCAAAGCUAGUCAAGCCCUAUAUGGAAACAAUACUUAAUGUUCUGGUACCUAAGCUAAAAGAGUCUGAUUCGAAUCCUGGUGUCGUUAUUAGUGUCUUGAAAGCAGUUGGGGAUUUAGCUGAUGUACAUGGAGAUAACAGUGGACUUAAGAAAUGGCUACCUGAAUUAUUAAGUAUUUUACUGGAACUGCUAUCUGACGCAAGUGCAACAGAGAAGAGAAGCAUUGCUCUGUGGGCUUUUGGGCAACUGAUCAGCGCCACUGGAUAUGUGGUCGCACCGUACACCGAAUAUCCAACCCUAAUGGAUGUUCUGUUAAAUUUCUUAAAAACUGAACAACAGCCGAAAGACAGGAGAGAGACUAUUCGUGUUCUUGGUUUGCUUGGGGCGUUGGAUCCGUAUAAACACAAGAUAACUAGAGGUUUGAUUGGAGAGCAGCCUGACUCUAGUCUCGUGCCAGUUGCCGAUAGUAAAGCGGAAGAGAAUAACUUCGAUAUGACGACGAGUGAGAUGUUAGUGAACAUGUCUUCACCCGUUCUCGACGAGUACUACCCGGCUAUCGUGAUAUCAACACUCAUGAGGAUAUUACGAGACCCAACACUCCAGCAGCAUCACACUAGUGUGGUACAAGCUGUUACCUUUAUCUUCCAGUCCCUGGGAAUUAAAUGCGUGCCUUACAUCUCGCGUGUCACUCCCAGCCUUCUCUACGUAGCGCGAGCAACAGACAACAAUAAUUUCAGAGAAUUUCUCUUCACUCAACUAGCCAGAUUGAUUGCUAUCGUCAAACAGCAUAUACGUAACUAUCUGGACAAAAUAUUUGAUUUGAUAAAAGAGUUUUGGACGCCUAACAGUCCUUUACAGCCUACUUUGAUUUUGCUUGUUGAGUACAUCGCUGUAGCACUUGGAUCCGAAUUUAAGGUCUACUUGCCUCAGCUCAUGCCGCAAAUCCUACGAGUCUUAGCUCACGACACAAGCAAAGAUCGGAUGGUGACUGAAAAACUGUUAUCUGCAUUACAAAAAUUCGAAGAUAAUUUAGAUGACUACAUGCACUUGGUAAUACCGUCAAUCGUAAAAUUAUUCGAUGCGUCGGAUUGUCCUAUCAAUGUUGCUAAGAUGGCGAUGGAAACAGUUGAUUACCUGUCAGACUCAUUGAACUACAGUGAAUUGGUGUCUAGAAUUAUUCAUCCUUUAGUAAGAAGUCUAGACACAUGCGCGGCAUUGCGUCCUACGGCGAUGGACACUUUAUGUGCAUUAAUUGUUCAGCUGGGACGCAAGUUUACAGAUUUCAUUCCUUUGGUGCAAAAAGUAGUAGUGAAGCAUAAAAUUCAGCAUCAAAAUUACGAGUUGUUGCUAUCCCGAAUGCAGUCUAGUCAAACAUUAGCUAUGGACGAGUUCUUGCAGAGCACGAGACGGAGGCCUCGGAACAACAAUCAAGAGGGUCGUAUGGGCUACACAUGUGAUAGCUCUCAGUCUAUUCGCAAGCUGUGCGUAAACGCGCACAACUUGAAGCUGGCGUGGACGGUCAGCAGUCGCGUGUCGAAGGACGACUGGCUGGAGUGGCUAAGGAGGUUCAGCAUUGGCUUGCUGACCGAGUCACAUAGUCCUGCUCUAAGGGCGUGCCUGGCAUUAGCACAUAACUAUUCUCAACUUCUUCGAGACUUAUUCAAUGCGGCCUUCGUAUCAUGUUGGACGGAACUGGACAACCCGUCACGUAUAGAGCUUUCAAAUGCUCUUGAACAAGCCCUGACGGCACCCGACGCGCCUGAGUUGGCCCACACUGUGCUCAACCUGGCCGAGUUCAUGGAGCACUGUGACGGCGGAACCCUGCCUAUAUCCACACAUCUGCUAGGUGAAAGAGCUAUGCACUGCAGAGCCUACGCAAAAGCACUGCACUAUAAGGAGGAAGAGUUCCGUAACGGUGCGACUUCUCAAGUUGUAGAAGCUUUAAUACAUAUAAACAACAAGCUGCAGCAAAAGGAAGCAGCUGAAGGUUUGCUUGAAAGAGUAAUGGCUCAGCGCGAGGCUGGAGAUGCUAAUCUUAAAGUCCAAAUCCGUUGGUACGAGAAAUUGCACAACUGGGAGAAGGCACUUGACCUCUAUGGAGAAAAGUUAACGGUAGACUCCACUGACUUGGACUCGUACCUCGGCGAGUUACGGUGUUUCGAAGCUUUGGGAGAGUGGGUCGAGCUGUAUAACACAGUCUCUACGAAAUGGCCCAAAAUGGCUAAUGAGGAAAAGUACAAAGCAGCUCGACUGGCGGCCGCUGCUGCUUGGGGAUUGAAUGAGUGGGACUCCAUGGCAAAAUAUGUCAGUUUUCUACCAGAAAAUACUCAAGACGGUGCUUUCUAUAGAGCUGUUCUUAAUAUUCACAAUGGAGAAUUUGGCGUAUCGAAACAGUUCAUUGACCAAGCAAGGUCUCUAUUGGAUUCUGAACUGACAGCUGUUGCCGGUGAGAGUUAUCAGAGAGCAUACGGCGCUUUAGUAAACGCCCAGCUGCUUGCCGAAUUAGAAGAAGUCAUUACGUACAAAUCGGUUAUAGAGAGGAGGGAAUCAAUUAGACAAGCAUGGUGGACCAGGCUGCAAGGUGGGCAAAGAUUGGUAGAGGACUGGCGCAGGAUAUUACAAGUUCGCAGUCUAGUUCUGACUCCUCAAGAGGAUAUGGCCACUUGGCUGAAGUUUGCGUCCCUGUGCAGAAAGAGUGGCGCGCCGCGACAGGCACACAAAACACUGGUCAUGUUGUUGGGGACGGACCCGAGUAAGAACCGCGACUUGCCACUACCAACGCACGAACCGCGACUGACUCUAGCGUAUGCCAAACACUUGUGGGUCGCUGGCGACAAGCAAUUAGCCUAUGAUCAACUACUUCGCUAUGUUGACAAUGCUGAUACUGGCGACCGCAGGUUACUAGCUCGGUGUCAUUUGAAACUGGGCUCAUGGUGUGAGUCUCUUCUUGGCAUCAACGAGUGCUCUAUUCGCGCUAUUCUGCAUGACUACGAAGCUGCUACGAAAUUGUCAUCAGACUGGUACAAGGCCUGGCAUGCUUGGGCCUACAUGAACUUUGAAACAGUUCUGUUCUAUAAGCACCAAGAUACUAGUACUAAUGGCGGUGCUUCAGGCGAAAGGAGACCAACGCCUGAAUGUAUUCAGCAGCACACUGUGCCAGCAGUAGAAGGAUUUUUCAAAUCGAUUAAACUGUCUCACGGCAGCUCUCUUCAAGACACAUUGCGUUUGUUGACUCUAUGGUUUGAUUAUGGCCACUACCCAGCAGUUCAUGAAGCGCUUGUUGAAGGCAUUAGAACAAUUGAAAUCAAUGUUUGGCUACAAGUCAUUCCUCAGCUAAUAGCUAGAAUUGACACACCGCGAGCUUUAGUCGGCAAAUUAAUCCACUCUUUGUUGAUUGAUAUUGGGAAAUCACAUCCUCAAGCUUUAGUGUAUCCAUUGACAGUAGCCUCAAAGUCGUCUUUCGUCGCUCGAAAGAACGCUGCCAAUCAAAUUUUGAAGUCCAUGUGUACUCACUCUAGUAACUUAGUGAACCAGGCUGCUAUGAUCUCCGAAGAGCUGAUCAGAGUAGCUAUUCUUUGGCACGAACAGUGGCAUGAGGCUCUGGAAGAAGCGUCUCGGUUAUAUUUCAGUGAGAACGACGUCAAUGCUAUGUUCAAGACGUUAGAACCGUUGCACGCCAUGUUAGAACGAGGACCACAGACAUUAAAGGAAGUGUCUUUCAGUCAGGCAUACGGAAGAGGUCUUAACGAAGCACAGGAGUGUUGUAACCGGUAUAAGGAGUCUGGUCAGGUCCGCGAUCUGAACCAGGCGUGGGACCUGUACUACCACGUGUUCCGCCGGAUCAGCCGGCAGCUGCCGCAGCUGACGUCACUGGAGUUGCAGUACGUGAGCCCACGUCUGCUGAACUGCCGCGACCUCGAGCUGGCCGUGCCCGGAUCCUAUGUUCCCGAUCAGGAUCUGAUCCGUAUCGCACACAUACAGAGCAGUUUGCAGGUCAUAACAUCGAAGCAACGUCCUCGUCGGCUCUGCAUCCGCGGCUCCAACGGCAAAGACUACAUUUUCCUACUCAAAGGUCACGAGGAUCUUCGACAAGACGAGAGGGUCAUGCAGCUGUUCGGUCUAGUCAACACACUCCUGCAGGCUGAUCCGGACACCUUCCGGAGGGACUUAGCCAUCCAGAGAUACGCCGUCAUACCUCUGUCCACUAACUCCGGGUUGAUCGGAUGGGUCCCGCAUUGUGAUACGCUACACUCGCUUAUAAGGGACUACCGGGAGAAGAGGAAGUGUCUGUUGAAUAUUGAACACAGAAUCAUGCAGAGGAUGGCGUCGGAUUUGGAUAAACUCAUGUUGAUGCAGAAGGUGGAAGUUUUUGAACACGCACUGGAACAUACGGCAGGCGAUGACCUAGCCAAGUUGCUCUGGCUGAAGAGUCCGUCAUCCGAGGUGUGGUUUGAACGGCGUACGAACUACACGCGGUCUCUGGCCGUCAUGAGUAUGGUGGGCUACAUCCUGGGGCUCGGGGACCGACACCCCUCCAACAUCAUGUUGGAUAGAGUCACGGGCAAGUUCCUGCACAUCGACUUCGGCGACUGCUUCGAAGUAGCUGUCACAAGGGACAAGUUCCCAGAGAAAAUACCCUUCAGAUUAACUAGGAUGCUCAUCAAUGCUAUGGAGGUAACGGGUAUAGAGGGCACGUACCGUCGAACGUGCGAGUCGGUGAUGGAGGUACUCCACCGACACAAGGACAGCGUGAUGGCCGUGCUUGAGGCCUUCGUAUACGACCCGCUGUUGAACUGGAGGCUCAUAGACGCGGCGAGGAGGUCACGAGCUGAUGACACUGGACCUUCCCCUGCCUCACCUCCAUCCAGUAGGCCUGAAGCCCUCGACCCGCCUGCUGAAACCAACCUCAACAAGCGUGCGCUGGCUAUAGUCAACCGUGUGCGCGACAAGCUCACUGGCCGCGACUUCCCUCAUAUCGAUGAAAUAGUAACCGUUCAGAAGCAGGUCGACCUGCUCAUCCAGCAAGCAACAAGCAAUGAAAACCUCUGCCAGUGCUAUGUCGGCUGGUGUCCCUUCUGGUAACUGUUUUAGCUAGUAGGUAUAUCUUUAACGUACGAAAUAUAUGUCACAAGAGCAUAGCAAUCAAUAAAUAAAUUAGUGCCAACGCUUCUGAUUGGUUGAAAUAGACAUGCGCGUACGCAAAUAAUAAGUGACGUCACCUACAGUUGCGGGCUGCAUGUUAUGCUGUUAUGACAUAUAGUUUAUGUGUACACUUGUACAACAUAUAUUAAUUUUGUAAGCGUAAUCAUGAACACAUCAUACCUAUAUUACCCAAACCUAUAAUAUAGAAACGCUUCGUCCGAAGCAUUAUAAAAUUUUCAGUCAUCAAUAUAUUUAAGACUUAUUUUUAAGAUGGGGUUUUUUAUUUUACUAUAGUUAAAAUUGACGUGUAAUGUUUGAAUUGAUCUGAAUCACACUACUUUGCGCUCAGAAAGUCUUACCGCCGCGGCUUAAAGUUAUUUAACUUUGGGAACUGAAACUCUACAAAUGCAAUCAUAUUACUUUAACAUGUGGCGGUAAUCGCUCAGGUUUCAAAACAAUUUUUAUAGUUAUACCGUAAGUUUGUCCAAUGUUUGAUGUAUAAUUGUGAUGCAAUUUACCCUGAAUGUUCCUUUCCAAUUACGCUUUUCGCAAUUUUAACAAAACGCAUAAAUGAGUUGUGCGUUUUAUACGUAAGAAUAAUUUUCAAAAGUUUUGUUUUUUUUGUUAAUAAACGUAUUUGCUUUUGCUGAAUAAAAAAAGUACUGUCAUAAGAACUUCUUCAGUGAUUUAAUCAUUAUAAAUAUAUUCAGUUUUUUUUUCGAAUUCCUGUCUUGCAUUUAUAUAAUUGCAUUACAGCAAUUUGUCGAUAACUUUACGAAUAGGUAUAUUAUAUGCACUAUUUUUAUUUUUACCAGUGAGCAUGAGACUUUGUCAUAGCCACAUACAAAAGACGUGAGACGGCUUUAUUUCAAGGCCUUAAAGUUUAUUUUUGUUAUAGUCGAUUGAUGAUCAGGCACAACAUUGAAUUAUAUUUUUUUAAGAUUCAGUAUAAUUUCGUGACUUUAUAUUCUAAUGAAACCACAUUGUAUUUGUAAUAUGAGUGUGUUGCUGGCUAAGCCAAAAGUGUAAAUAAAGUAUAGGGGGUUUAUUAUGAACACUUACUGCAACUGUCAAGUAAAAGAAAGAAAACAUUUUGUCAUCAAAAAGACAGCUUAGUCUUGUUUUUAUUUAACGAAGUGUGUGAAGUAUGUGGUGGCCUUAAUUCAUCAUAAUAAGGCCCCUGAUAUGACUCACAAUUACGGGUUUAUUGUAUGUUGUUGCUACCACGUGUAGUCAGCUGAUCGCUAUACUGAGUCAUUGACAUGUAAGGUGACACAUUGAUAUAAUCUUCACUCUGAAUAGUACUCUAAAUCAACUGUUGAUUAUGGUGCAUUAUCUGUACUUCUUACUUCUGUGGCAAACGUUUUUUUUGCCUUGCACGUGCUUUUACUGUAAAUUCGGAAUGUAGAAGUUUUGCCGUUGUGGAUACAAGACGCUCCCGCCCGCCCUGUGAAAUGUAGAUCAUUAUCUCGCUUUCACCCCAGUCCGUAUCAGGCUUUCUCGCCUGUAUGUAAUAAAAUAAUCACAUUAAACCAUUAAUUGGAAUUAAUUUCUGCAUUAAAUUAUGCAUUGGUAUUCACAUUUCUGAAGGGUUAUUUAUUCAUAUGUAUGGACAAAAUAUAAGUUAGUUUAGUUGGUACAUUUACAAACAAAAUGCGUUACUUUAGUCGUGAUGGAUGUUAUCUGCCUUUAUAUUCUAUGGACUGGAACAAUCAUACUUAAAUUGUUAUAAAUGUGCCGUAUGUAGGUACUAAGGUUUAGGGUAUCACGCUACUCUGAAUCGAUGGUGUAGGCAGCCUUAUUACAGUUAGUACAGUGUUUAACAAGUACCUACAUAAUUAUAAAGUAUAUGCCUAGAAGCCCUAAUUAACGACCGUUAGCACCCAGCUCUUAUAAUAAAUAAGUUGUAUUGUGGCUUGUGCAUUUUCAACACAGAAAUGCCUAGCGAGGGAUGUGUUUUUACACACCAACUCGAUAACCACUGCUCGGCGUAAACACAGCAUUUGAAAGGAAGUGAGAUUCAGCGUAGUGUAUGACCCCCUUUAGUUGAACUAGAACUGCAACAGGGCGUCGAUUCUGCUAUUUUAAAAUGGCCGAUGAAUGAAUGGCAAUUGGAUUAAAUUUGGAUUUUUUCCUAUUCUAUUAAG